AGCGGCGGCGGCGGCUCCUCUUCGCAGAGGAGAAAACUCCGAGGGCUGAGAGCAGGAAUAAUGCGGUAGGCGAGGCGGGCUGCUCGCUCCCGGCUCCGGCAGCAGCGGCGGCAGCCCCGGCAGCACCCCAGGCGCUGACAGCCCCGCCGGCCGGCCCCCUCGCUGACCGCCGACUGUCAAUGGAGCUGGAAAACAUCGUGGCCAACACGGUCUUGCUGAAAGCCAGGGAAGGGGGCGGAGGAAAACGCAAAGGGAAAAGCAAGAAGUGGAAGGAAAUCCUGAAGUUCCCCCACAUCGGCCAGUGUGAGGACCUCCGAAGGACCAUAGACAGAGAUUACUGCAGUUUAUGUGACAAGCAGCCAAUUGGGAGGCUGUUGUUCCGGCAGUUCUGUGAAACCAGACCUGGGCUGGAGUGUUACAUUCAGUUCCUGGACUCAGUGGCAGAAUAUGAAGUUACUCCAGAUGAAAAACUGGGAGAGAAAGGGAAGGAAAUUAUGACCAAGUACCUCACCCCAAAGUCCCCAGUUUUCAUCGCCCAAGUUGGCCUCGACCUGGUCUCCCAGACAGAGGAGAAGCUCCUGCAGAGGCCCUGCAAAGAAGUCUUCUCUGCCUGUGUGCAGUCUGUCCACGACUACCUGAGGGGAGAACCAUUCCACAAAUAUCUGGACAGCAUGUAUUUUGACCGCUUUCUCCAGUGGAAGUGGCUGGAAAGGCAACCAGUGACCAAAAACACUUUCAGGCAGUAUCGAGUGCUAGGAAAAGGAGGUUUCGGGGAGGUCUGUGCCUGCCAGGUCCGGGCCACGGGUAAAAUGUAUGCCUGCAAGCGCCUGGAGAAGAAGAGGAUCAAGAAGAGAAAAGGGGAGUCCAUGGCACUCAACGAGAAGCAGAUCCUAGAGAAGGUCAACAGCCGGUUUGUGGUCAACCUGGCCUAUGCCUACGAGACCAAGGACGCGCUAUGCCUGGUCCUGACCAUCAUGAACGGGGGUGACUUGAAGUUCCACAUCUACAACAUGGGCAACCCCGGCUUCGAGGAGGAGCGAGCCUUGUUUUACGCGGCGGAGAUCCUCUGUGGCUUGGAAGACCUGCACCGCGAGCACACCGUCUACAGAGAUUUGAAACCUGAAAAUAUCCUGUUGGACGAUUACGGCCACAUUAGGAUCUCAGACCUGGGCCUGGCCGUGAAGAUCCCCGAGGGAGACCUGAUCCGCGGCCGGGUGGGCACCGUCGGCUACAUGGCUCCAGAGGUCCUCAACAACCAGAGGUACGGCCUGAGCCCCGACUACUGGGGCCUGGGCUGCCUCAUCUAUGAGAUGAUUGAGGGCCAGUCACCAUUCCGCGGCCGCAAGGAGAAGGUGAAGCGGGAGGAGGUGGACCGCCGGGUCCUGGAGACGGAGGAGGUGUACUCCCACAAGUUCUCCGAGGAGGCCAAGUCCAUCUGCAAGAUGCUGCUCAACAAGGAUGCAAAGCAGAGGCUGGGCUGCCAGGAGGAGGGGGCUGCCGAAGUCAAGAGACACCCCUUCUUCAGGAACAUGAACUUCAAGCGCUUAGAAGCCGGGAUGUUGGACCCUCCCUUCAUUCCAGAUCCGCGUGCUGUGUACUGUAAGGACGUGCUGGACAUCGAGCAGUUCUCCACAGUGAAAGGCGUCAACCUGGACCACACAGACGAUCACUUCUACUCCAAGUUCUCCACGGGCUCCGUAUCCAUCCCCUGGCAAAACGAGAUGAUUGAAACAGAAUGCUUUAAGGAGCUGAAUGUGUUUGGACCUCAUGGUACCCUCUCACCGGACCUGAACAGAAGUCACCCUCCAGAGCCGCCCAAGAAAGGCCUGCUGCAGAGAAUCUUCAAGCGCCAGCAUCAGAACAAUUCCAAGAGUUCACCCAAUUCCAAGACCAGUUUUAACCACCACAUAAAUUCAAAUCACGUCAGUUCAAACUCGACUGGAAGCAGCUAGUUUCAGCUCUGGCUUUGAAGUCCACGGUGGGACCAGUCCAGACCCUUCUACUGGGAAGCGGAACUUGUGACCCGCAGAGCUUCCGCUCUGGCUGGGCAGCCGGGGAGCCCUCCAGGAGCCGGGAAGGCAGCCGUCCACCCCCUCGACGUAGAGCCUCGAGGUUUCUCAAAGAAAUUUCCACUCAGGUCUGUUUUCCAAGGUGGCCCCCAAGCCGGGGUGGAUUGGAUUUGUCUUUGGCGAAUAUUGCAAU